AAAGCGGAAUAUGAGGCGGAGGGCAUAGACCACUCCAUGAUUGUCUACUCCGAUAAUGCUUCUGUCUUGGAAGUUUUUGACAAGCCCAAGGCGGGCAUUUUCGCCUUUUUGGAAGAACAGUGUUUGUUGCAAACAGGAACCAGCGAGUCCUUCACUGCUGCUUGUCACAAAAACAUCAAAAACCCUAAUUACGAAACCCCCAAAGGCGACGCAAGAUUAACUUUUAGGGUUUUGCACACUGCGGCCCCAGUGCUGUACACCACUACUGAGUUUGUGCCAAAGAACAAAAUGAGGCUGCCGAACGAGUUGAUAGCUGCCUUCAAAGAGGCCUCCAACUCGGCCCUCAAAAAGGCCUUCGCCGCAGUCGAAGUUCCCGACUCCAAAAACAUGAAGGGCAAAUGCAUAAAGCCGAACCAAGUGAAGAAGCCGCGGGUGUUCGAAACUGAAAACACUUUGGGGCAGCUCAUCAGUCUUUCUGUUUUGGAAGCUGUUGCAAUUAUUCACAAGGGCUUUGCCUACAGAGCUUCUUUCGCGGACUUCGUCGCAGACAACAACAUUCUCCUCAAGGUCCUCGGGGCCAAGCUCGAGGGAGGCGACGACAAGACUGCGACUCUGACGAUGUUGGAGCGCCUGGGAGUUCCCAAAGAAGAAUACCAAAUGGGGUCAAGUAAAAUCUUUUUGCGGAAAAAAGGGUGGUUAGUAAUAGACCAGUAUUUCCGGUCUGCAAUGGCCAACUUGAAGCCCCUGAUUGUGAAUCUCCAGUCCAUCUACAGAGCCGCCAAGGCCCGCACGCUAUACCUCCAGUUCGCCUCGCGAGUUGUUCGGCUGCAGUCUUUAAUGCGCCGCUACCAAAUUAGAAAAGAUCAAUUUAAAAAAAUUGAACUUUUGAGAACUUUCUUAGGAGCUGUUGCCACCAUGAAACUCUGCCUGUUCCAGCAGCGCCGCACACUGGCUGCAAUUCAAAUACAAAAGAUGUACAGAGGGUGCAGAGCACGCAAACAAACAGCUGCAAUCAUUCGAAAGGCAAAGAUGGGAAAAUUGAUGAGAGAAACGCGCAAGAUCACCCUCGCUGGCGUGAGCGGCCUGCGGUGGCGGCGCGUCGCUCACCACCGGAAAGAACAGAAAGCCGCGGCUGUUAUUCAGGGUUUGUACAAAAUAAUAAAAGCAAAACGCAUUUUAAAUGAUUUAAAAAGAGAAAAAAAAGAAAAUGAAGCUGCAGUUAAAAUCCAAACCCUCUGGAGAGGCUAUGUCGCCCGCCUGAGGCUCGCGCUCAUGAAGUACCUCACGCCCUACGCAAUAGUCAUACAGAGACACUGGAGGGGUUACAGGGUGCGCCGAAGCCCCUUUUACACCAAACACGCGACGCUAUUUGAAACUGUCCGAAAAGGCAUAAGAGAAGACCAAAGCCGUUUGCUGCUGCAGAGCGCCGCAAGGACCUUUUUGGUGCUGCACCGGCUGCAGCACGUGACGCAGGCAGCUUACACGAUGCAAAA